UCCUGGUUUAAAGGAUCAUGGAAGUGCCUGAAGACCUGGGAAUCGGCCAGGAUAUUAAUGACGAGAAUGUGACCCUUGGUCUGGAAGAAAGAGAGCACCAGGCGGGCUGGGUAAGAGUGAAAGUAGAGGAAAGCUGGUUCACAUUGGAGCGGGGUUUUCUUGAAAAGUACAGUGACUAUUUCCGGGCCCUUUUUGACUCUGGGAUGAAAGAAAGCCAGCAGGAAGAGCUGCACCUAAAAGACGGAGUGCGUGCAAGAGGAUUUCUUAUUGCCCUUGUUGUCUGCAGGGAUGAGAAUCCCACUCUUACUGACCCGGAUGAGCUUGUUGAAACUGUAGAGUGUGCUGCUUUUCUACAAAUUGCAAAUCUGGUCCAGUAUCUUUGUGAUAUCAUAGACUCAGACAACUGCCUUCUACUUUACCAUGCAGCUGCCAUCUUUGGAGUGCAUAGAUUGUUUCACAGUGCUGCUCUCUUUCUUUGUGAUGCUUUUGAUGACCUCAAAGAAGCAGCAGAAAACACAAUCCCUAAAGAGCUACUACAGUAUUCUCAAACAUUGUCUCCUGCUACCUAUGUCGCCAUAGGCACUCAUACUCCUUCCAUGGAAUUGCUACAAGACUCUUUUAGGGUUGUUUGCUUCCUUGACGAAAAGGAGGGUGAGUGGAAGCAUUUGACCCACCUGCCAACUCCAUGUAGCACUUCUAUGGCUGGGGUAGCAGUGCUUGACAAUCGACUGUACAUUGUUGGGGGGAUUUAUGGUUAUGGUAAGGACACUGUGGACAGUAGCUUCUGUUACAACCCUGAGUCAGGGAUUUGGACUACUCUUCCAGGUCCCCAGCAACCAAGAUAUGAUUUCACCUUGAUUGGACAUGAGAACCGACUCUAUGCCAUCGGUGGUGAGGUCCAAAAAAGAAUAGUUUCCACUGCUGAACGGUAUGACUCUAUAAAAGGAGAAUGGACAUUUAUCCGGCAUGCACCAAGACCGGUAGCGUCAGCAGCUUGUGCUGUUGCACAUCGGAGAAUAUUUGUUUGCUUCUGGAAACCGCCUGACACUACAGACAUCUAUGAGUAUAUACCUCUAAAAGAUGAAUGGAAGCUAACCACCACAUUGAUCAAACCUCAAAGUUACGGCCACUGUAUGGUGGCCCACAGAGACAACUUGUAUGUGAUGCGCAAUGGACCUUGUGAUGACUUCCUGCGCUGCCUCAUGGACUCCUAUAACAUCACAACGGGUCAAUGGACAGCCAUGCCCGGUCAUUACAUCAACAGUAAGGGAGCACUGUUCACCGCUAUGAUAAGGGGAGACUCUGCCUUCACAGUGAAACACAUGUUAACUCUUGAAUACACCAUCACUGCAGAUGGAUGGAAACCUCGCAGGCAGAUGAAGGGAUUCCCAAAGAGUGGCUCGCUUUGGACAUGUUUACUCCGGCUCCCUAUAAGUGGACCAGUAAUACCAAAACUGAAUGUGGAUAACAGGAAGGGAGGAAUUCCUUUGCCAGAUGCAUUAGAGGACUUUGCAGAUGAUAUACCACACUUAUGA